CUCACACCAGUUCCUGGUCUCACACUAGCAAAUACAAACCUUUAAACAUGGUAAAACUUCAACAAAAGGACAUGAAGAUGUCAGGGGUCAGGGACGAUGAUCAUCUGGAGACUUAAGAAAAAGAUGGAAAAAAAGCACAGUGUCAACAUGUCUACGAGAGAAGGCAGAGUGUCUGCAAGAAGCAGUAAGACUCGCAAUAGAUCACAGAGCAUGGAGAGACCUCUACUAAUGAAUGAUGGACGACACAUGGCAGAAGAUACACAGAGUUUCACAGUGGAGAAACGGGACACACAGACACAGUAUGAGAAGCUAAAUUUGGUGGUGUGUGGGAGCGACGGCUCACUGAAAUCCUCCAUCUCAGAGCUGAUCCUGCAACACACACACAGAAGAUCAGAGAGUGUGAGGACAGACGUGGAUCUUCAUGGUCGUCUGAUCAAUGUGCUGGAGCUUCCAGCUCUGUUCAACACUGGGCUCUCAGAGAAGGAAGUGAUGCGUCAGACUCUCCGCUGUGUGUCUCGUAGUCAUCCCGGAGUUCAUGCUUUCCUCAUCAUUAUUCCUGACGCUCCACUCAAUAAUGAAGACAGAGCAGAAAUGGAGGAGAUCCAGAAGAUCUUCAGCUCCAGAAUCAACAAACACAUCAUGAUCAUUAUCAUGCAGAAUUCAGAGCAUCAGACAGCAGAACUCAGUGAAGAAACACAGACUGUCAUUCAGAGAUUUGGAGGAAGACAUCAUUACUUUAAUCCUGAAACACAAGAGGCCACAUUGAUGGAGAACAUUGAGAAGAUGCUGGAGGAAAACAGCGGAGGCUUUUACUCCACAGAGACAUUUCUGGAAGUGCAGAUGGAAAAACUGAUGGAAUAUGAAGAGAUGAAAAAGAAACUUCAUUCACUGGAGAAACAAGGUUUAGCUGAGAGUAAAGAUGAACUGAGGAUUGUUCUUCUGGGAAAAACUGGAGUUGGAAAAAGUUCAACUGGAAACACCAUUUUAGAAAAAUCUUCUUUUUCUGCAGAUGUAUCUCAAGAAUCUGUUACUGAAAAGUGUCAGAGUGAAACAUGUGAAAUCAAUGGCAGACGCAUCACUGUGAUCGACACUCCAGGACUGUUUGAUACUGAACUAAGUGAAGAGGAGUUCCAGAGAGAAAUCAACAACUGCAUCUCCAUGAUUCUGCCUGGACCACAUGUGUUCAUCAUCGUGCUCAGUUUAGGACAGAGAUUCACUAAAGAAGAAGACACAUCAGUGAAGUUUAUGCAGGAGACGUUUGGUAAACACUCUCUAAAGUUCACCAUGGUGCUCUUCACCAGAGGAGAUUCUCUGAAAAACAAAACUAUUGAAGAUUUCCUGGGGAAACCUGGAUCUGUGGUGAGAAAAUUGCUUGAAACUUGUGGAAACAGAUACCAUGUGUUCAACAAUAAUCAGCCUGAAGACCGAACACAAGUGUCUGAACUACUGGAGAAGAUAGACAACAUGGUAAUGAUCAGAGAGAUGGAGAGACAAAAACAAGAACAGCAGAUAAAGAUCCUGAUGGACAGAGACAAAGAAACAGAAGAAAAGAUGAAGAAACUAAAAGAAGAGAAUGAGAAAAUGAAGAAGAUGAUAUAUGAAGAACGUCAGAAUCAGGAGAAAGAGAGAAAGAGAGUAGAAGAAGAUGAGGAAAGAAGAGAAAAAGAGAAACAGAUUUCAGAAGAACAGACUCAGAGACUUUAUAAAAUAGAAGAAAUAAUAAAAGAAUUAGUAAUAAAAGAAAGAGAGAGACAGGAACAUUUAGAGGACUUACAGAAGAAAAAAAAAGAAGAAAAAUACAAGAGAGAAGAACAUAAAAAGAUUUUUGAAUAGAAACUGAUGCUUCUUGAACAACAGCAUGAAGAUAAUUUAAAAAGAAGACAAGCAAGAUCUUCAGAUGUUGUUUUUGGUGAGAUCAUCUGUCAGAAACUGAAAGAGCCCAUUGAGCAGAGCGUCUACAAGAAAACUGCCAGAGAUUUAGCAGAUGAAAUGAAAACAGACUGUGCAUCACUGAGUGGAAACAGAUCAAAUCUAGAGAAACACAUCCUGAAGACACUGGCAGAAGAGGAGGACUUU